AUGGCCUCAGCUGCUCUAUCACCUGAUCCCAGUUUGGAUGCUGAAUGGGAGGAGUGGAAGAUGAAUUAUGAAAAAACCUACAGCCUGGAUGAGGAAAAAUACAGAAGGACAUUGUGGGAGGAGGAGAAGAAGAAGAUUGAUGAACACAAUGCAGAAUAUGGGCAGGACCAGACCGGCGUCUAUGCAAGCCUGAAUGAAUUUAGUGACAUGACCUAUGAAGAAUUCAGGAAAGUUUGCUGUGGAAACUUAAUGUGGACAGAAGAAGACCUGGAUUGUGAUAAUCAUGAAUAUAAGGAUUUGACAAAGAACAACAAUGUAACACUUGAGAAGGAUCAGUGUCUGCAGCGGUCCACAUCCCCGUUGGCCGUGGACACUGACUGUUUCCCCGGACUAGCACUUGUCAUGACCUUUGAUCCCCUGGCACUCUGA